AUGUGCAUGCAUGCACAGCAUCAGUACACAUCAAUAGUACCUGUCAUGUACCUUGUGCCUGUCGUUUCUGCUCGCCGUCUUAUAUGCUCGCAUUUGCGACCGCACCCUCAGUCUUGCAUUGUAUCCGAGCAUGCACUGAGGUCGGGCAUGCCCCGGGCACAACAUUGGCAUCCCAUCCUGGCAAUUAUACACGUGAUCUCUCUAUUCGUACAAAACAUGAAGUUGCGCUCUACUGCAGUCUCCUCGUCCCUGCGUCGUCCUCGCUGCCCACUCUUUUUGCUCAACCCCUCUUCCACGACGAACCCCAUCACCACGACGGCCAGUCAACCACAUUCUCGUCGACUCUCCAACAUGCUGGACCCGAAGUCUCUCAUGGAGGACCUGGAGAGCGAACUCUUCAACUACACUACCGGGCGUUUCCUUGUCAACGACGCCCUUCGUCUCCGAGAGCGCAGGCGCGUCUUCGACGUCCCCGGACUCUUUAGAAUCAUUGCCAGGGCACUGAACUGCAAGACUGAAGAGAUCGUGGGCUUUCGAAAGCUCGGAGAGGGUGGCUUCAACCGUACCUUUCUCAUCACAUUAGACACCGGCUUCCAGCUCGUCGCGCGCAUUCCAUAUCCCCUCCUCGUUCCCAAGGCGUACGCUCUCGCUAGUGAAGUCGCUACCAUGGAUUUCCUUCGUUCCAGAAGGCUCCCCAUUCCUAAGGUCUACGGGUAUUCCUUUACGUCAAAGAAUGAGGCCGAGACGGAAUACAUUUUAAUGCAGGAGUACUAUCAGUACAAGAAGCAGUCACCAUUGGACCACGCCAAGAACCUUCGUCGCUAUCUCUGUCUCGCACCGUCGCUCGUGCCGGACGAUGACUCCCUCAACGCUUUCUGCAUCCGCCACCCCGACCUCUCCGACAGCAAUCUCAAGGUCUCGUCAGAUUCCAGCGGCUUGCAGAUCCUUAGCGUGUUGGACUGGCAGCACGCUGCUGUCCUACCCCUCUUCCUCCACGCCGGUAUGCCCGACAUCAUCCAAAACGAAGAAGACGAGGUCUCUCGAACUAUGGUCCAACCUAAGCUACCGGACGACUUCGGCGAGCUACCUGAAGAAAAGCAAGAAUGGGAGAUGGAGCUCCUCCGUCGUCGUCUUGUGCAUUAUCAUUACAGCUUGAGCACAGCGACGCACAACAGGAUCCACCACCAGGGUCUGGUCUAUUCGUUGAAUACUUUCCGUCGUCGCAUAUUCAAUCAUGCAACUGCUAUAUGGGAGGGUGAAACAAUCAAGUUGCUGUAUGCGCUGAUAGAUAUGGUGUCCGGCUGGGCGAGUUUUGCGAAGGACGGUACGCCAUGUCCGGUCGCGUUCACGGAAGACGAGGAAGCUGCGGCGAAGAAGUUGUAUCUGGCACUGGCGAACGCAGAAAGGGGUGAGAGGAUGCUGAGGGACAGAGUCGGCUACGGGGAGGAGACCUGGGUGCCUGUCGCUCGCUACGAGGAUGCUAAGGCACUCGGUCAGGAGAUAAAGCGGAUGACAUUGAAGGCAUGUGCGGAGGACGAAGAGACGACGGGGGAGGAGUACGCUGUGAUCGAGUCGAACUGGCCCUUGGACGAUAUGGACGAAGAGGAGUUAGAGGAGUACAAGUAA